AUGCACCGGGGCGGGCAGCCUUUGAAAAAGCGGCGCGGCUCGUUCAAGAUGGCGGAGCUCGACCAGUUGCCUGACGAGAGCUCUUCAGCAAAAGCCCUUGUCAGUUUAAAAGAGGGAAGUUUAUCGAACACGUGGAAUGAAAAGUACAGUUCUUUACAGAAAACUCCUGUCUGGAAAGGCAGGAACGCGGGCCCUGCUGUAGAAAUGCCUUUCAGAAAUUCAAAAAGAAGUCGACUCUUUUCUGAUGAAGAUGACAGACAAAUAAAUACAAAGUCACCUAAAAGAAACCAGAGAGUGGCGAUGAUCCCACAGGUGUGUGUAUUAAAGUUUAUCUCAUGUGAAGGAUAUGAGGGAUUGUGCCGUGUGCUGAAGUUCAUACUCGUUCUGUUACAUUUCGAACGACAUUCUUUAAGUCAGUAUUGCUGCUCUGCAAUUAUUUUUACUAACUUAGAAAAUUCAAUGUUUUGUUGGUUGCCACUUUUUGAAGGAGAUAAUGACUUUUGUGUAUGCCUAAAGGAAUCCUUUCCUAAUUUGAAAACCAGAAAAUUAACAAGAGUAGAAUGGGGAAAAAUCAGGAGACUGAUGGGAAAACCUCGAAGAUGUUCUUCUGCAUUUUUUGAGGAAGAGAGAUCAGCCUUAAAACAGAAGCGGCAGAAAAUCAGGCUCUUACAACAAAGGAAAGUUGCAGAUGUUUCACAGUUCAAAGAUCUCCCCGAUGAAAUCCCUCUACCCCUGGUUAUUGGAACCAAAGUUACAGCGCGGUUGCGUGGCAUUCACGAUGGCCUGUUUACUGGUCAGAUAGACGCAGUGGACACUCUUAAUGCUACUUACAGAGUCACCUUUGAUAGGACAGGGCUUGGGACUCACACCAUUCCUGACUAUGAAGUUCUUAGUAAUGAGCCUCAUGAGACAAUGCCAAUUGCUGCCUUUGGACAAAAACAGCGGCCUUCUCGGUUUUUUAUGACCCCCCCACGGUUACAUUAUACCCCUCCUCUCCAGUCACCAAUUACAACUAAGUUAUCAAAAAUUCUCAUGAUUAAAAAAGAGCAUAUAAAGAAAUUAAGGGAGAUGAACACAGAAGCAGAAAAGCUGAAAUCCUAUUCCAUGCCCAUUGGCAUUGAGUUUCAGCGGAGAUACGCAACCAUCGUCCUGGAGCUUGAGCAGCUGAACAAGGACCUGAACAAAGUUCUGCAUAAAGUUCAGCAGUAUUGCUAUGAGCUUGCACCAGACCAGGGACUCCAGCCUGCUGAUCAGCCAACAGACCUGAGACGGAGGUGUGAGGAAGAAGCCCAGGAAAUCGUCCGGCAAGCCAACUCUGCCUCCGGACAGCCCUGUGUAGAAAAUGAAAAUCUGACGGAUUUGAUCUCCAGGCUCACUGCAAUUUUAUUACAAAUUAAGUGUCUGGCAGAGGGAGGAGACCUGAAUUCCUUUGAAUUCAAAUCUCUCACAGAUUCAUUAAAUGACAUAAAAAACACAAUAGAUGCUUCUAAUAUCAGUUGUUUUCAGAAUAACGUAGAAAUUCAUGUUGCACAUAUCCAGAGUGGCCUGAGCCAGAUGGGAAACUUACACGCCUUUGCAGCCAACAACACGAACAGAGACUGAGCACAGGAUCCUGGUACCCAGCUGCACACAACCAUGGUCUGAGGAGUCCUCGUCCUUAACCUAUGCUUCCAACACCAGAUAACCUAGCUGCUGGAAAACCGGAGAACUGUACAUCUCCAGAUAUGGCUUUUUAAUACACUGUACUGCUUCUUCAACCAGCAUUGUGCUGACCAGCAUUUAUUUAUUGUUCUUUUAUUAUCCAGAUGCAGUAGUGUUGCUUAUAUUUCCUGUUUAUCAGCAAACAUUUUUAACCGGAAACUCUCUGAACGUACUAUCCCAUGGAGGAUAAACCACUGUUUUAUACAUGCAUGAAUUCUGCUCAGCACAUGCAGAUGACUCCUGUGACAGACAGAGAACAUGAAGAAGCACGGUCUUUCCAUGCAUGAUGGUGGGAAUCCCAUCCGAGAAUCACUGGUCCAGUGGAGUUAGUUGACAUUAUAUCUUGGGCUGCAAAAUAGACGUCAUGAGUGUGGGAGUGCGAGUCUUAAAGGAACCCGCUGGGGUACAGAUGGGAAACAUGGACUUAAGUGUAUGUUUCAUAUACUGACAGUGGGACAUGGUUCUAUAGAUCAAUUAUAAUAAUAAAUAUUUUAAUUUAUCAUAAUUUAUAAAAGCUUUGUUGUUUAUCAGCAGAGGAAAUGAAGGAGCAGGAGGGACUGUACUGCGCACCGCUGGAUCCCAGCGGGUGGACUUGGCACGCCUUCCAUGAUUCAGGGCACAAGUGUUAAGUGUUGAGACUUAUUUUAAAAAAGACUGAUGACACACUAUUUUCGUAUUUUUUUGUUUAUUUGCACAACUUUAAACCAGAUUACUGGUUAAAAUUCAACAGUACACAAUUUAUAAAGUGAAAAUAUUUUAUAAGGAAAGCAUAUUACGUGUGAAUACAGAGAGAGGUUUGGCUUUAGUUGUUUGGUUUGGUUUUGUUUUUUCUUUUUAAGAAAAACCCUGCCUAAAAUAAUCUUGUAAAAAGUAUGUAUUUUAAAAUUUUUGUUUUAAUAUAGAAUAUUAUAAAGCCAAAAUAUAAUUGUUUUCAGAUUGGAGUUUAAAAUAGAGCUAUAGAGGUGGUUCUGAUUCUUUGACGUCUCAUAAAAUGAGACUUUUGUAUAUUAAUGUAUAAUAAAACUGAAAUAAGAUUAUUUUCCUUGAAAUUUUUGUAUAGUUUAAAAAUGCUUCUGUGUUCUUUGUUGGUAUUGGGCCACUGCAGAUCUUAGUGCAGAGUUUAUAUUUAGCUAGAUUGUUAUGUUAAUUAAGAAAUGCAUAAAUCUUUUAUUCUUAAUAUUUGUAAUUCUAAAUAAAUCAAUCUAUGAAAUUUAA